GGCCACGCGCCAAUCCUGAAAAACAGGAAAUGCUUUAAAUGACGAAAAUUACCGCAAAGGGACACGGAUAGUUCAUCUUCAAUGGCUUCUAAGGCAAUGAGCGUCGCAGCGGAGAAGAUAGGGGCGGCGGCCCGACGCCAGGCAGUGACGUUGACGGACGCCGCCGCCUCACGAAUACGCCACUUGCUACAGCAGCGCCAGAGGCCCUUCCUGAAGCUCGGAGUCAAGGCUCGCGGCUGCAACGGCUUAUCCUACACCCUUAAUUACGCAGAUGAAAAAGGGAAGUUUGAUGAGUUGAUUGAGGAUAAGGGUGUUAAGAUAUUGAUUGAUCCAAAGGCCCUUAUGCAUGUCAUUGGAACUAAAAUGGAUUUUGUAGAUGACAAACUGAGAAGAUUUGUGCGGGGGAGUAGGCUGUGCGUAUGAAAGGAGAUAUGCAAGAGAGGAAUUUUAGGAAACAGGAAGUGCUCUUCCCUCACUAUGGGGAAGAUGCAAUAGGAAAAGUUUGUUAGAAGUCAGUGGAAUGUCUGAAACAACAAGGAUAGCUGUCACAUGUUUAGUGGAGAAGGGAAUUGUGGUACUACUGUACGUGUAUGGGGAGAAAGGGGUGGGGAAAGGAACAGAGGUAGGUAGGCAAAAAUUUAGUAUGGCAGAAAGUUUCAAAAGGGGUGGGAUAUUCUUUAAUCUGUAUGACUACAGAUUACAGAAUUUCCUUGUUAUGUUUUUUUCUUUUCAUGCAUUUUCUUUGUGAUUCUCACAGAUACCUCUGCACUUAUGGAACUUGGUCUCUAUAAUUUCCAUUCUAAUUCAGUUUGGUUUCAUAGAAGAAUUUCCAUUGUUAUGUUCUUUCUUUUUGAGUAUAUUCUUUGUGAUUUCAGUUUCUGUAGAGGGCUAUCUCUGCUUGUAAUCCUUUAUUUCUACUCUAAUUCCUAGUCCCUUUUCUUAAUUUAAUCCUUUCUUUGAACAUUUUUUCCUUUUGGUAAAUUGAAUCUACACACGAUGUCAUUAUUACAAUAUAUAAAUAAAUACCGAAGAUCCAUAGAAUUGGAGCACAUGCAUAUAAAUAUAUUAAGCUUCGGAACAUAUUACUUUGAAUAAGCUCUCUUCAUUGGAAUGUUACCAACUUAAAGCUUCCAUUUAGGAAUUGCGUAUUUGGGUAUUGAUCUGGUUGUGACAGAAAAUAUAUACCACCCCCUCACCCUGAAUUAAUUUGUGCUUUUGGAGCAGUCAAUUAUUUUCCAAAUCCCAAAUGUCUUGUCAGGAUGAGCAUAUGACUAAUUGACUAUACGUAAUUAUCCAUCAGGAAGCUUUUGAUGAAAUGUGGUAGGAUUGUGUUGCAUGUUAUACUUCGAUUUGGGGAUGAUUAGUGAUUUUUCCUGUCUCAAAUAUAUCAUAUAUGUGGGUAAAAUGUCUGCAUAACUGAGAGAAGAUUUUGAUGAAAUGGCAUGGAAAUUACUGUACAAUAAUUGUGUUGUGGUCGUUUCUGUUACAUGGUUCAACUGUUUUCUUUCUUUUUUUCUAAUGUGAGCUACUAUUUUUUUCUUCUUC